AUGGAGAAUCGCGAUCAUCAUUGCUUCAGCACAAAGGUAGAUUCCGCCAUGGACGUAGACCGUUGCCAAGAAGAUCAGGAGGAGGAAGAACAAGACCCCUUUCUCAAAUUCGUGGAACACGCAAGAUCUGAACUAUUAUCACUGGAAGGCGAUGCAAUGGGAGACGAUGACGGUUCCGCUGGACUUGGAUGGAGUUGGAUCUUGUCUCGUAUUCUCAAGACUUGCAUUGCUUAUUCAAGCGGCGUCACUCCCGCGAUCUUGCUCUCUGAACUCUCUCAGGCGUGGAGCGAGCAACGCAGGGUUGGGGCUCCGAAAAAGAGGGUUGAAGUAAUUAGCCACAUCAGGAAUAAUCAUCGGAGGACAAAGCUUCCGAAUACUGUUACUAUUGAUUCUAUAUACCAGAAGAACUUCCUGACUUUGAGCAGUGUUCUAGAAGCUGUUAUCAUUGAUGCCUUUGUGCUCCCAGGCACUAACAUCCACAUGCUUAUAUUAGGAGAUUAUUGGAGCUCCAAUACCAUAGAUCUCUAUCUACACCGCAGCAGAUUCUAUGACUUGGCAGGCCUGCAGAAUGGAAUUCUGAAACGAGGGAGGGAGAUUUUUCUCACUGGUUGCUACCUCCGAACUUCCACUGGAGGUUCUGGACCUCCACGUCUUUUACCGACAGAGUAUCUUGUGAUUCUGUUGGAUGAGAAUCAGGAUGAUGAUGCAAUGCUACUAGGAGCUCAGUUUUGUUCAGACUCUUUCUCUUCAAUUUCUCCGGAUGCAGUGAAUGGAGGGGCUUCAUAUUCACUUUAUGCCAGGAUUGAAAAGAUUGAAUCUUCGGAAGUUCUAGGGAAGUUUGGAAUCUUACAAAGAAAACAGAUUACUCUUGUUGACUCUGAUGAAGUCGUAAUAAAGUUUUUCUUGUGGGGUGAGCAAAUUCUCCUGGCCAAUCUUUUCAGGGUGGGAAGCAUGCUUGCACUGGACAAACCAUAUGUUGCUAGUUCGGAGGACUGUGAUGUUGAGACAAGGGAAGGUUUUUGCCUCGAGUACGGAAGUGAAACACAAUUAUAUUUGGUGCCUUAUGUUCAACAUGAAGAACAGGUGUGCGUAACAUUGACUCCAAAUCGCCGUCAUGGCUCACGGCCGUUGGGCUCUUGUAAUAGCAGUCAGGAUCUCAAGGUUUCUCAAGUAAGCCUGCCCCGUGAUUCUCAGGGGACCAUUGAUUUCAGCAAUUAUCCCUUUCGGUCAUUUGUGGUCGACCUUCGUAACAAGAUGACUGGCAUCAGUCUCUAUGGUGUUGUUAAAGAUAUUAUCAAAGAACAAACUAACGAAGAAACUGUUUUCUCUUUAAAAGUCGCGGAUGCUAGCGGAGAAAUUUGGACUAAGCUUCAUUUUGCGAAAUUUUGGUCAUUGGGAAGAGUGAGUCUCGGUCACACUGUAUUCAUAUCUGGCUUGACAUGCUCAAUUGCGAAACAAAAUCGUCUGGAAGUUUUAUGGUUUGAGAAUGGUAUUGGAGCUUCUUUCAUCAAUCUCAGUUGUUUACCAGCAUUGAUCAAUUCAUCUUGCCUUCACAAGCUGUCGCAACUCUCUGAUAUUUCUGAUCAGGCUAGCUAUGCGCAAGUAUGUCGAGUUUCGCUUGAUCCAAUUGAGUAUUAUUACGUUAAUACAAGAUUUUCACAUUCUCUCUGUGGUCAUUUUGUGAACAAGAUAUCUGAUAGUUCGAUGAAAUGUAGCUUUUGUGGUACAAUUUCUGAUGCUACGGUAGUACGCACUUUUCAUCUGAAAAUUACUCUUGCGGAUGAGGGUACGAAAGUUUUAGCAUGGUGUACAGGUCAAACUGCUAUGGAUUUGUUGCAGAUAGCGCCUGAGGAGUUUUAUGAACUUCCCGAGGACGAGCAAUUAAUGUAUCCUUCGUCAUUAGGAAAUGAGAGGUUUAUGGUUGCAUUGGUAAAGUGUACGCGAGAUGGUUGUGAGAUAGAUGGCCUCUUAGACGAUUCAAUUUCGUGGGAAAUCACUCGUGCAUACAAGUGUGAAUAA